AUGACGAGUACUGGCGAAUCUAUUAGUGAAAUACAAACAUUUUUUAAAGGUACUAACGUUUUCGUAACUGGUGCUACUGGAUUCAUUGGACACGUUCUAGUCGAAAAACUUCUUAGAACAUGUUUCGUGAACAAGGUGUACCUCCUGGUCAGGCCGAAGAAAAACAAAGACCCUCAGACUCGGUUACGCGAAAUGUUCAGUUCCACGCUGUUCACGCGACUGUGGGACGAGCAACCGGAGUUCAUCGAAAAAGUGUUGCUCAUCAGUGGCGAUUGUGCGGAACCGAAUAUGGGUCUCUCGCUGGCCGACGAAGAGUUUAUGGUCGCCAACAUUGACAUCGUCAUCCACUGCGCCGCCACGAUCAGUCUCAACGGGCCGCUCAAGCACACGAGUUUCAUAAACGUCAGGGCCACCCGAGAUUUGCUGUUGAUCGCCCGGCGCAUGCGCAAACUCAAAUCAUUUGUGCACGUGUCCACUGCGUUUGUGAACCCCAAUCAAGCGAUUACCGAAGAAAUAAUUUACGAUUGUCACAUACGAGGGGACGCUUUGAUCAACUUGGUCGAAAACAUGUCCGAUUCGAUUUUGAACUCGAUAACACCCGAAUGUUUAGGAUCGUGGCCGAACACUUACACGCUGUCGAAGUGCGUCGCGGAGAAUCUCGUAAAGGAAUAUGGUCAAAACAUGCCAAUAUGUAUCGCCAGACCGUGCAUUGGGCUUGAAAUCGAUUAA